UCGUGGCACCCUCCUCAUCCCUCCAUUUUUGGUCUCAUUCCCCCCCCCUCUCUCUCUCUCUCUCUCGCUCUCUCUCCUCAUCUAGAUCUCGUCCUCGUCCUCUAUCUCCACCACCAAAACCCUCGUCCCUGAUCCCCUCUCCUCCGAUCCGAUCUCCGAUUCGGAACCUAGGGUUCCGAUCUCACCCUUCCUCGCCGCGAUCCUCCGAUCCCCAUCGGCCAUGGCGUACGGCGAUCGCCUCACGACCUUCGAGGACUCGGAGAAGGAGAGCGAGUACGGAUACGUCCGUAAGGUUUCUGGGCCAGUCGUCGUGGCAGAUGGAAUGGGAGGUGCUGCCAUGUAUGAACUUGUUCGUGUCGGUCAUGAUAAUCUUAUUGGAGAGAUUAUUCGUCUUGAGGGAGAUUCAGCUACUAUUCAGGUGUAUGAAGAAACUGCUGGCUUGACGGUUAAUGAUCCUGUUUUAAGAACUCGAAAGCCUCUGUCAGUGGAGUUGGGACCUGGGAUUUUGGGCAACAUUUUUGAUGGGAUUCAGCGCCCAUUAAAAACUAUUGCUUUGAAGUCUGGUGAUGUCUACAUCCCUCGUGGAGUUUCAGUGCCUGCCCUUGACAAAGAUAUUUUGUGGGAAUUUGAGCCAAAAAAGCUAGCUGUUGGAGACCUUCUCACUGGUGGAGAUUUAUAUGCGACUGUCUAUGAGAAUACGUUGAUGAAACACUAUGUUACACUUCCUCCGGGAUCGAUGGGGAAAAUAACUUAUGUUGCACCAGCUGGUCAAUAUGCCCUCAAGGAUACUGUACUUGAAUUGGAAUUUCAAGGUGUCAAAAAACAGUUUACUAUGCUUCAGACAUGGCCUGUACGUACACCAAGGCCUGUAGCUGCAAAGCUUGCUGCCGAUACACCCCUUUUAACAGGACAGCGGGUUCUUGAUGCCCUCUUCCCAUCUGUUCUGGGAGGAACUUGUGCUAUUCCUGGAGCUUUUGGUUGUGGGAAGACUGUCAUUAGUCAGGCGCUUUCAAAGUAUUCUAACUCAGACACUGUUGUAUACGUGGGCUGUGGAGAGAGAGGAAAUGAGAUGGCUGAGGUCCUCAUGGACUUCCCCCAAUUGACAAUGACUUUACCUGAUGGGCGUGAGGAGUCUGUCAUGAAGCGAACUACACUGGUGGCUAACACUUCCAACAUGCCUGUGGCUGCUCGUGAGGCCUCUAUAUAUACAGGCAUUACAAUUGCUGAAUACUUCCGUGAUAUGGGCUACAAUGUUAGUAUGAUGGCUGACUCCACCUCUCGUUGGGCUGAAGCUUUACGUGAAAUUUCUGGACGACUGGCUGAAAUGCCAGCAGAUAGUGGUUAUCCUGCAUAUUUGGCUGCCCGUUUAGCGUCGUUCUAUGAACGUGCUGGCAAAGUGAAAUGUCUUGGCACUCCGGACAGAACCGGCAGCGUGACCAUUGUCGGUGCUGUUUCUCCUCCUGGAGGUGAUUUUUCAGAUCCUGUAACUUCUGCAACUCUUGGUAUAGUGCAGGUCUUCUGGGGGCUGGAUAAGAAACUCGCUCAGAGGAAACAUUUCCCAUCAGUGAAUUGGCUUAUUUCUUACUCAAAAUACUCAAAGGCCCUGGAAUCAUUCUAUGAGAAAUUUGAUCCGGAUUUUAUUGAAAUUAGAACAAAAGCUCGUGAAGUGUUGCAAAGAGAAGAUGAUCUAAAUGAAAUUGUCCAGCUUGUCGGUAAAGAUGCAUUGGCGGAAACUGAUAAAGUUACCCUGGAGACUGCAAAGCUUCUUAGAGAGGAUUACUUGGCACAAAAUGCUUUUACUCCAUACGAUAAAUUUUGCCCAUUCUACAAAUCUGUAUGGAUGAUGCGCAACAUUAUCCAUUUCCACACUCUGGCAAAUCAGGCGGUGGAGCGGGCAGCAGGUCCUGAUGGCCAGAAAAUAACAUACAGUGUCAUCAAACACCGGUUGGGUGACCUUUUCUACCGUCUAGUGUCCCAGAAAUUCGAAGACCCUGCAGAAGGCGAGGAGGCUUUGGUUGCGAAGUUCAAGAAACUAUACGACGACCUCACCGUUGCAUUCCGCAACCUCGAGGAUGAAAUGCGGUAAAUAGGCAGUACACCUACCAGGUGAAAACACAAAUGCCCAUUUUUGUUGUCUUCCAAAUCUCAUCAUGCCCGUAUGUUUUACACCACAGCGCGGUCUGUGUGUUUUUAGAAGUUUUGAAUGCCUUUGAACAUUCGAUUGUUUGAUAUAUCGGCCUCCGUGUUUUUCGUGUAGUAUUUCGGAUGACUAGGUUGUGAUUUAUAUAUUCCAUCUUGCAAUAAGAGGUGGACGCGCAUUGUUAAUUAAUCAAACACCGCGCUCCAUACCUUUGUAGCGGCAACUCUUUUGCUA